AUGGAGCAUAAAGAAAACAGGCCCAUGGCGGGGUCCACCGAGCAGUACCGCGAAAUGUCGAUUCAUGAAAUUGCCCCGUUCUAUCGUUCAUGUCUAGAACGAGGCAGCGACGUACGAGUGGGUCACAGAUCGAUGUAUCCGUUUAACGAAACGACGAAUCCUCUGACUACUUCCUUCUCUCAGCCUUCAUCGUCACCCUUACCGUUGCCUUCUUCCACCGAUGCUGCCCCGCCAUCAAAGAAGAUUUCUGACGAAGAUAGCGCGAGAGGGAACGACAGCGUUAUGAGUGUUUUUGGGCGGCGUUCAAGCAUCGGCGAGGAGUCCACCCUCGCCUCGUUCAAAACGAUCGGGUUGAGCUUGAGCGACGUUUCGCUCAGUCCCGAGAGUCGUAGUGACCGGCACGGCAAGCAUAAGCCGAAAAGCAAGUUGUUGAAGUUGCUGUUGGCCGAACGGACGAAGAGGAAGCUGCUCGAGCGUUUGCUUUUCGAAAAUUCAGUGUCGACAGGUGAUCGAAUUUCUCAUGGCAAAGAGACGAACUCCAACACAUCGAUCGCUUCAUCCUCCUUUACCCUAGCCUCAUCGUCGUCCCUUUCUUCAUAUUCUACCACCUCGACGUCCGUCGCCGACGAGGUGAUUCUCUACCUGAUCCGCAAGCGUCACAAACACGGUCAAACGAAGGGCAGCACUUCCAGCUGCAGCAGCGCCACAACGUCUACCACCCUCACGGCUGCCCCCUCUUCGUCAUCAGAUUUUCAACACUCGGCGUUGAUCCGUGGUUCUUCAUCGUCCUUGGAUGCAACAACGGCGCAUAAGAUGUCCAGAUUAGAUGUGACCCCCAGCCGCCAACAUUUCACUACCAGCGGCUCCGUAUCGGGCAGCAACGCUUCCAGAACCUCAUCGAAUAUUGACAAGAAAACUGUGCCGAUGACGUCAUCAGACGAGGAGGCCAAUGGCGGCCGAGCUUCCUUUCGGUUUGAGAGUCCUGUUUCUGCCAACGCCGUCUGUCGACAGCGUUUGUCCCUGUAUUCUUUACCAGCCGAAGUGCCUCAGGUACACGAGGACGGCAGGAAGACUGAGUCGGACGACGCCUGCGCUUACGUUGGCAACCUCACGACCUCCUCUGGCCAUGGUUCUCUAAGCUUCUACAACUUUUCUUUAUCUUCUUCCUCAAAAAAAGAAGAAAAUGCUGAGGCGAAAGAGUCGGCUUCCAUGUGUAACAGCAAGGCGCGCCCUGUUGCGUUUUAUCCGUGCCGCUCGACGCUUCCUGCCUCCUGGUUUGUGCCUGUUAAGAACAAUGCCGUGCUGAACGACGCCACGUACGGACUGUCCAACUGUUCGUUACAAGAGUGUUUUAUGCACAAGAGAUGGAGGACGAUUGCGAACAUCAAACAGAGACAGCAGGUGAUCAAAGAAACUGCAGACGAACGAAGAGUAUCGGCUGGAAAAGUUCGUGAGCUGGCAACCAGGGUGCUUCUUGGCGAGAUGUCGUCGAAACAAGCGGCUAAGAUUGCACUUUGCAUCCCUCAGCCGGCGUCUUAUUUCCGAAGUUCCCUGUACACAGAAACACGUAGCACUGUCUGGACAUGUGAUCAGAAUGACCAAGAAGUGAUUCGUCGGUACACUAGGAAGGCGAUCAAGGAGAAAACCGAGAACCACCCGGUUGCAUUACCUACAACGACCCAACUUUGCUCCUUGUGA